GAGAAGUGACCAGAGCCAAACCCUUUACUCAGCCAACUGCUGCCAAGGUCACGGAGUGAAUUGCAUCUCAUUGACCGUUCAGCCUUUGGCCUGUGCCCUGACCCUCGUGAAGACGUGAAGCCAUCUGCACUGGCCAUCAGUGUCGUGGGUUGACAAGGAGCCCCCAGCUCCCGCCAUGUAUAUGUAUUCCUCGGCUGUCAAGUAGCUGCACUGGCAACUCUCAGCCUAUCUCAGGGUUUCAUCUUUUUUCCUUGCCCUUCUCUCCCUUCUCCCCUUCAUUUUUAAUGGUUUUGGUGCCUCUGUAUUUAGGACCAAGUAGGGCGCCAUGGGGGAUCAGCAGAUGUACAAAGCUAAUCAUAGCAUCCAUGGUAAUGAGAACCUUUACUACCAACAGCCACCACACAGCAGUCUCAGUGGGGGCAAUGGGAUCAACCACAGUUAUGGGGGUACUGCGUCAGCAGGGGGUGGCAUGGAAGCUUCCCAGGCCUCUCCCCUCUCCCCCCACUUCCCCCAGGACUCUCGGGACAGCCUGGGCCUGGCAACUGGUCCCAAGAACCUUGGCUUGAUGGACAACUCAAGGCAGACGGGUUGGGGGGGCCAUGCUGGCCCGAACAACCACAUCCAGCUGCGUGGUAGUCUCUCCAACCCAAAUGUGAUGUGGGGGGCGUCUGCUCAGGUGGAACCUGCUGAGGGCUAUCCGUACGCCUAUCCUCAGUCCAACGACAUCCGGGCCCAGAAGAUCACCAGCGGAGUCCUCCACAAGUUAGACUCUUUCACCCAGGUGUUUGCCAACCAGAACCUGAGGAUCCAGGUCAACAACAUGGCCCAGGUGCUACAUAGCCAGUCAUCAGUGAUGGACGGUACCAAUGACAGCGCCCUCCGCCAGUUACUGUCUCAGAAGCCCUCCGAACCUCAGGCUGUGGCAGCACCUCCCGCCAUACCUCCUCGCUACCAGCAGAUGCCCCAUCAGGCCCACUCUGGUUUCGCCAACGGUCCACCCAAGCCAGCUAUGCAGGGCGGGCAGCACCCCUCCCCGGCCCAUCUGUACUAUGACUACCAACAGCAGAUGGCGCAGAUGCCCGCCCAGGGCAGCCAGCCCAUGCAGGGCCAGCAGAUGCUGCCCCAGCCGAUGCCACAGAUGCAGCAGGCCCACUACUACCUGCAGCAGCCACAGUCAGGACAGCAGCGGAUGCCCAUGCCCGAUAUGCAGCAGCAGCAGCAGCAGCAACAGAGCAGGACACAGCAGCUGCUGCCCCCCACGCCCCAGCGACCUUGCUCCAUACAAUUACCUCAUUAUUAUCCAACACAGCCCAUGAUGCCCCAGUUACAGCAGCAGCAGCAGCAGCAGCAGCAGCAAAUGCAGCUCCAGCCCCCUUCCUAUCACAGGGACCCCGGCCCCAAGUCUGUGCACGAUCCCCACCAGUACAGCCAGGAGCAGGCCCCCCACCCGGUCCAGCUCAUCCAGUUGGGAUCUAUGCCCCAGUAUUUCUACCAGGACCCUCAGCCACAGUAUGGCCGACACUUCUACCAGCAGAGUCUCUUGCAGCAGCAGCAGCAGCAGCAGCAGCAGCAUCGGGAGAACGUACAGCAGAAGAAUUACCAGAGUGACCGGCAAGCCCAGGCCAUGCUGGGCUCCCAUGGGGGACUGGGGCUCCCUGACCCGGGGAUGGAGGAGAUGAACGCAGUUGGCAACAGUCUGGCCCAUAGGCCUCUCCUGCCACAAGUGGGGAUUCACCUCAACAGCAAGGGACCCCAGCACCAGCAGCUGUCUCCUGGCUCCAUGUGGUCCCAGAUGCACCUCUCUGAUGGCCGAGCCCAGCCACUGUCUCCUGAUCCAAGCGCUCAGCCCACAGGGGUAUUUGGGGAACAGCUCGAUGCUAAGAACAAAUUGACAUGUUCCAUCUGCUUCAAGGAGUUCAAGAGUCUGCCUGCCCUGAACGGCCAUAUGAGGUCGCAUGGGGGCAUGCGAGCCUCCCCCAGCUUCAAGCAGGAGGAAGGAGAGAAGGCUCUGCAGCUCCAGCCACCUCCGCCACCCCAGCAGCAGCAGCCACCACCACCGCCGCCUCCGCCGCCGCCGCCGCUGCCGCCCCAGUCGCAGCUUCCUCCUGAGGUGGAAAACCCCCUUCCUAUCGUCAUGCCCGUGUCUGUCCCUGUCAAGCUUCUCUCGCCUGAGCCCAGCCCACAGGUCAUCACCAACAACAUCACUGCUGCCAGAGACAAGCCGGCCAGCUCGAUGUCGGACGACGAGAUGCCCGUUCUCGAAAUUCCCAGAAAGCAUCAGCCGGGCAUGGCCAGAGCUGAAGAACACUUCAAGCCCACCCAGGACAAGAAGAAAUAUCGCCACCGUCCAGAACCACUCUUCAUCCCCCCUCCCUCCUUUAACCUGAACACCUCCUCUUACUCAGCAGCCACCUUGUAUCAGAGCCAGCUGCGGUCCCCCCGUAUCCUCGGGGACCACCUCCUGGACCCCGCUCAUGAGCUGCCUCCCUACACGCCCCCACCUAUGCUGAGCCCUGUCCGGCAGGGUUCUGGCCUCUUCAGCAAUGUCAUCAGCACCUCUUCCCACGGUGGCCCCCACCCGCAGCUGCCGCUCACUCCCCUGACACCCACACCCAGGGUGCUCCUAUGCCGUUCCAACAGCAUUGAUGGUGGCAACUCAGCACUCACACCAGGCCUUGGGGAACAGGCAUUGGACAUUGAACCACGCAUCAACAUUGGUGUGAGAUUCCAAGCAGAGAUCCCUGAACUCCAGGAUGUGUCUUCCCUGAGCAAGGACACACACAAGGCCACACUGGUAUGGAAGCCCUGGCCAGAGCUGGAAAACCAAGAGUUCCAGAAGAGAGUGGAGAAUCUGCUGAAUUUGUGUUGUUCGAGUGCAUUACCAGGGGGAGGGACAAAUUCUGAAUUUGCCUUGCACUCUCUCUUUGAGGCCAAAGGUGAUAUUAUGGCUGCUUUGGAAAUGCUCCUGCUGAAGAAACCCAUCAGAUUUAAAUGUCAUCCUUUAGCAAGUUACCACUAUGCUGGAUCAGACAAGUGGACCUCCCUAGAAAGAAAACUAUUUAACAAAGCACUAGCCACUUACAGCAAAGAUUUUAUUUUUGUACAGAAGAUGGUGAAGUCUAAGACAGUGGCCCAAUGUGUUGAGUACUACUACACAUGGAAAAAAAUCAUGCGCUUAGGCCGGAAACAUCGAACGCGUCUUGCCGAGAUCAUAGAUGACUGUGUGGUCAAUGGCACACUUAGGAAGACACCUCUGGGUGGAGCAAAGACGAGUGAAGAAGAGGAGGAUGUAGAAGAUGAUGAUGACUUGGAAGAAGACAGAAAGUCCGCAAAAGAAGAUGACCCUGAUGUGCAGAAGUCUCCAGAUCCUCCGCCAAUCACGCUGGUGGCACCCAUAGACCUGCCAACGCUUCAGAGCCUUACGCCCUCCUCAGUCUCCUUUGUCUGUGAAAUGCCAAACUGUGGUUCCGUGUUCAGCUCUCGGCAGGCACUGAAUGGCCACGCCCGCAUCCAUGGUGGUACAAACCAGGUGGCCAAAGCCCGGUGCUCGGUUCCGCCUACCAAGCAGAAGCAAGGUACCCAGAGCGGGUACUGUUCUGUGAAGAGCUCACCAGCUCACAGCACUGCAAGUGGUGAGACUGACCCAACCACUGUCUUCCCCUGCAAGGAGUGUGGGAAGGUGUUUUUCAAGAUCAAAAGCCGUAAUGCCCACAUGAAAACACAUAGACAACAGGAGGAGCAACAGAGGCAGAAAGCCCAGAAAGCUGCAGUGGCCGCUGAAAUGGCAGCUGCCAUUGAGAGGACUACUGGGCCAGUGGGACCUGGGUUGAUUCCCCUGGACCAUCUGAGUUUAAUAAAACACGUGGAGGACGUCGACAUUCUCGGUGACGAUGUCGUCCAGGAGUUGGGAGGUGUCAUCGAAGAGACUGAAGUUGUGGACACAGACCUCCUCUUGGACGAUGAUACCACUCUGCUGCAGGGUGACACGGAACUGUAAAGAAUCCUAUCUCCCUGAGAGACAAUUUGGGCCCUUGGCACUCUUCCUUACUGGUCAGGAAUCCAUGACUGUCUGCAUUAUUUGCAACCAUUUUAAACUACCUGUUUUAGAAAGGAGUUCCUUUUAUUCAGGUCCAAAAAAAAAAAAAAAGAAAAAGAAAAAUCUUUAUUUUUUUUUCCCUUUUUUAAAAAAAUUUUUUUUGGGGGGGAGGGAAAUAAAUAAUUGGCACAAAUAUCUUUAAGAAAUGUUUCAUCUGGGUUAUGUUCUCUUGAGUUCACUCCUGACAGCUAGUGAAGGUGGGCCUGAUAUUUCCAUCUCUAUUUUCCCCCAGAUAUUUCAUGGGAAAGAUCUCAAGUCUCAGGCAUCAAGUUCACACUUUACCCAAAGCUUCUCAUGUCCCUGGAGGGCACUACAGACUUAGGUUGGGGACUCAGGCCAUGCUUUUCCAGGCAGUACAUGAGGCCGUGUUCCAUUGUCCCAUUGCGUCUUUGCAGCUGAAUGCAGUGGUAGUAAAUUGGGCAAAACGGGCCCUUUUCUGUCAUUGUUCCUUCAUACACAUCCUUGGAUAAGGUGAGCCAAUGUGAAUGAAGGUCCAUCUUCACACUGCCUUUCUUGUAAAUGGUGGUUCUCUUUACAGGAAUUAAAGUGCUAUGUAUUCUCAGGCUUCUCUCCAUCAGGGUUCUUAAUAAGGCAGUAGUUUACCAUUCCCCCAGGUGGGAGAACGGAGCUGAUGCUUCUGUGGGUGGAGCCCACUUGGGAUUAAAAUGCUGCUUGUUAGGAGGGCCACAUUUGGUGACCCUGACCUCACUGGUGACAGCUACUGUGGUGUUUAAAAGGGGUGAGGGGGGGAUCCCAGGCUACGUGCCUACUAGAAGUAUGAGGUAUACUGAGAUAGCAAGUUGGGAGUUCUUCCAUUUGUAGGGAGGGAGAGAGAGUAGAGGAUUUCCUAAGGUAAGAAGUUGUCUUAGGAAACAGGCUUUUCUUUGCAGAACAAGGUAGCUGAUAGGAGGUUCAUAAUCCUUUUAGUACCACUGUUCACGCUCAACAGGGGAGCCCAAAACAAGACCUUGUGCCAUUUAGAAGUACUGUGAAAACUCAUUAGGAUUUAGCUUGGACUCACUGAUGCUGGACUGAAUUUUACCUCUGCACUAACUAUGGGGUGGGGAAGGGGUUUGCCAAGCCAAUAAGUGGUCGUAAACAAGGGAAGUAUCAAGUGAAGAAGGCCCAUGGUGAUUCCACUACACCCCUUUGACCACAGUGUUCUAGCAUUCAGACCUGGAAUAUGCUUAGUAUGAAUGAUUUACUAAAGUAAUUUUCGGGGUUCUCUCAAGACACAGCUGGGCUCCCCCUUCCCUUGACCCUGUCAGCAGUGUUACUGUGCAUACUUGAAAGUAAUAAAUCUUCAAUUCUUUUACAAGUAGUUUAUAUAGCUCAGAUACUUUUCCACUUCAGACAAGACAGAUUGUCUUCCACUAUACUUGGGGAAACUAGAGAGGUUCCAGGAUUGGGACCCAAUCUGGUAGGGAACAGUGUUUUCGCAGACAACCACUGUAAAGUGAAUGCCAUGUGACUUUUUAAAUCUUUUUGGAGGCUUCUGGCCUUCUUUCUUCCCAUCCAUCUUCUCUCAUUCUUUAUCUCUGAGGUCCCUGGUUCCUUGUGCUGAUCCAAUGAGUGACAUACCCCCCUCGGUGACUUGGCAUUGAAUAGGAUUAGAGAAGGAGUAAGGGGGUUUCAGGAGAGAAGAGUCUGGCCACUUUUCAUAGCGGCCUUUCGACACCCCUCCGCCGCAAGCGAACAUCUCUCCAGUAAAAAGCCAGCCAGUGUCUUUUAUCACACAGGCAGCUUGGCCUCAUAUCCUGGCUUAUGCACAAAAGCCUCAGAGCAUAAUGACAAGAAUAAUUAUAAGCAAAUGAACAAAUGAGCCUCGUUUCAAUCAAUUGUGCUUUAAAAAAAUGGAAUUUCCUAGUUUCCCUCUCCCUCUGCUUAAAAUAUAUAUGUAUAGUUGUAUGUCAUUCAUUGCCAUUUCAGAUGGGUUUUGAAGCCUCAGAUUUCAUGCAUCUUUUAAAUGAAUUUUUUUUCUUGCAUGUGUCGAGGGGUUUCCGGCAGUCUCCCCCAUGUUGUGAAACCAUUACAAAACUAUUCAACCCAGGAUCUUCCAUGUAAUGGGUGUCAUGGUUGGACCAACUGGUACCUCCAGGCCAGUCAUGCCCCUGUGUGAAUAGAGCCCCAGGUUUGGCAGGAUGGUUCUAGGGUGGCCCGAUUUCUGGGUCCAAGGUCACAGCAGUCUCUGGGAUCUGAAAGUCUGUCAAACAUAAAAACACGCAGAGUUUAUAAAGACAGUGAAUGCAUUCCUUCUGUUUAGAGGAUGACCCACAUGUCCCAGUUUUCAACAUUAAAGAGACAAAACUCAGAAGGCACAAUUUUAUUUAACUUUCCACUUAGUUCCACAUAAUGCUAUUGAUGUUAAAUAACCAAAGAAUUCUCCCCUCCCAGACAGAUGGGUCCAGUUCCUGAAUUGGUAUUUCCUGAUCAUUUAUACAUAAAAAGAAUCAAAUUCAUAUUAAAAGAAUGCACUUACCUUUCUACUUUUACUUUUCAUUAAGAAGAAAAAAUAUUCUGCCUGCACCAAUAUCUUGUUUUGGCUUCUUCCCCCUCCAGAAAACUCCCAGUAAACAAUGCUUUUCACUUUUAAUGGUUAAUGUCUUCAACAAGGUUGAUGUUUACUCUCAGAUGUUUUCACCAGUGAAUCUAGUCCUCUUUGAGAAAGCUUGUACAGAAAAAGUUAACAGAUAUAUUUUAUGGAAAAAAAAGCCCAUCUUAUUUUCAGAUAUAUUUAACUGCUGUUAUAUUUUAUUAGCAGAAGGGUGUAAAUAUUUUCUAGGAGUUCUAUUGUAAAGAAGAGUAUUUUUGAAAAAAAAAGUUUAAUGUAUUAAAAAGGAAAACAACAUUUUAAAGCUGUGGUUAUGUUCGGUUCUUGUUAUUACUUCCUGAUGUUCUGUUCUCAAUGGCUCGCUUGCAUGCCUCCUCCUUGCUGGAUGUAAUUUAUUCGGGUUUGUGCCAUUUUUGAGUUUGAUUUCAUGAUCUUUGGUGUGUUUGGCUGUAUUUUCCCAGCAUGCAGUAUACUUGGUACAUUGCCAAAGCGCUUUGUAUGACAUAUUCAUAGUAUUUCCUUUUGUGAUGUGUUGUGUUU